AUCGCGUGUCAGCGCGGCUCAGCGAGCGCGCCGGCGAUGGAGCGCAGCGCGGCGGCGGCUGUGAGGCGCUUACGCGCGCCCGGCGGCGAGCGGGAUGGCGGCCGCCGCUCCCUACCCGCUCGGCAAGAGGACGGCGAGGCCGACCUGCAGGGGAAGAAGCGGGGCGGGCCGCGGCGACGGCUUCUGGGCGAGGCGAGGGGAGCGCCGCUGCUGCUGCUCUACCUGCUGGUGCUGCGGGCGCUGGUGCAGGUCUCGCACCGGCAGCUGCUCAGCUCGCCCGCCGGACGCGGGGAGCACGAGUUCAGCGCGCAGCGCGCCAGGGCAUACCUUGACAACAUAACGGCAAUUGGGCCCAGAACAGUUGGAAGUCCAGAAAAUGAAGUUCUUACAGUUAACUACCUCUUACGACAAAUUAAGGCAAUAGAAACUGAAAGCACAGAUGCUCACAAGAUAUUUGUAGACGUACAGAGACCCACAGGCUCCUUCAGCAUUGACUUUUUAGGAGGUUUUACUAGCUACUAUGCAAACAUAACCAAUGUUGUAGUGAAGCUGGAACCUCGAGGUGGAGCUGAGCAUGCUGUCUUAUCCAACUGUCACUUUGAUUCUGUACCAAAUACUCCAGGUGCCAGUGAUGAUGCUGUUAGCUGCUCAGUGAUGCUUGAAAUACUUUAUACUCUCUCAAAAUCAUCAGAGCCCCUUCAGCAUGCUGUCAUAUUCCUGUUUAAUGGAGCAGAAGAAAAUAUUUUGCAGGCUAGUCACGGCUUCAUUACACAACACGAGUGGGCCAAGUCAAUUAGAGCUUUUAUUAACCUGGAGGCAGCAGGUGUAGGAGGAAAAGAACUUGUUUUUCAAACAGGACCUGAAAAUCCUUGGUUGGUACAAGCGUAUGUAUUUGCGGCCAAACAUCCUUUUGCAUCUGUGGUGGCACAGGAAAUAUUUCAGAGUGGUAUUAUCCCAGCUGAUACAGACUUCCGGAUCUACAGGGACUUUGGUAAUGUUCCAGGAAUAGACCUGGCUUUUAUUGAAAAUGGCUACAUUUAUCAUACAAAAUACGACACAUCAGACAGAAUUUUAACAGAUUCCAUUCAGAGAGCAGGUGACAAUAUUCUAGCAGUCCUAAAAUACCUAGCAACAUCAGAUAUGCUGCCGAAAUCUUUUGAGUAUAGACAUGGAAAUGUUGUUUUCUUUGAUGUACUUGGUUUAUUUGUCCUGGCUUAUCCUGCUCGUGUUGGCACCAUCAUGAACUACAUAAUAGCAGCAAUUGCUUUUCUUUACUUGGCCAAGAAAGUAUUACAGCCCAAAAACAAAGCAAUUAAUAACCUGAAGAAAUUCUUUACUGCAUUUGGAUUAAUACUGUUAAGUUGGAUCUCCACACUUGUAACUGUCCUUAUUGUGGCAGUGUUCAUCUCUCUCAUUGGACGGUCUCUUUCUUGGUAUACUCAUUUCUAUGUUUCUGUGUUUCUCUAUGGCACUGCAGCUGUAGUUAAGCUCAUUAUCGUUCACUCACUAGCCAAGAAGUUCUACUACAAGAACAUGAAUGACCAGUACCUGGGAGAUGUGUUUUUUGAUGCCUCAUUGAUGAUUUGGUCUAUAGUGUUGGCAAUGAUUACUCACAUUGGUCUUUGUUCAGCAUUCAUUUGUACAUUGUGGGUAGCAUUUCCUUUACUCACAAAGCUGAUGAUCCAUAAAGAAUUCAGACAAAAAGGUGCCACAAUGAAAUUUGUUCUGAUGUACAUGCUAGGAAUGUUUGUUCCCUAUCUAUAUAUGAUGUAUCUUAAUUGGACUGUAUUCGAAAUGUUUACUCCUAUCAUGGGACGAAGUGGUUCAGAAAUUCCACCAGAUGUAGUGUUGGCAGGAUUUAUUGUGGCCAGCACUAUGAUUCUAUCAUCCUAUUUUAUUAACUUCAUUUACCUUGUCAAAAGUACAAAAACGACGCUAAUAACUUUAACUGCUGUGUUUGUAGUCACUCUGAUUCUCGUUUGUAGUGGAAUCUUCUUUCCUUACAGUUCUGAUGCAGCUAAUCCGAAGCCUAAGCGAGUCUUUCUUCAGCAUAUCAACAGAAGAUUUCAUGAUCUAGAUGGAAACCUGGUUAAAAGUGACUCUGGUAUAUGGAUUAAUGGAUUUGAUUAUAAUGGAAUAUCUCACAUAACUCCCUAUGUACCUGAAAUCAAUGACACCAUUAGAACUCCGUGUGAGGAGUGGGCUCCAUUUUGUGGCCUUCCUUGGAUUCUGCCAGUGCAUUUCAUGUUCCGGAAAAACUGGUAUCUUCCUGCUUCAGAAAUUUUUCCAGCAAGCCCCAUUCACUUUAAAGUUCUCACCAAAGAGCUAACACCCUGGAACUCUGUGAGGUUAAGCUUUGAAAUAUCUGGUCCAAGUCACAUGUCUCUGUAUAUUCGGCCACGUGAAGGGUCAGCUUUGUCCACCUGGUCUCUUGGAGAUGGAACACCAGUUGCUAGCGUAGGAGGAGACUACUUUGUGUUUUACUCCCAUGGGCUGCAGGCUACACCAUGGCAGUUCUGGAUAGAGCUGACAGCCUCAGAAAAGCACUCUGAUGGAAUAGUCUCCCUUGCUAUAGCAGCACACUACUUUUUUGGGGAAGAUCAAAAAUCACCUCAACUUUAUGCCUUACUGGAGAGAUUUCCAAAUUGGACGUUUUCUUCUGGUUGGUCCUGCACUUAUGACCUUUUUGUUUUUUAAUGUUUAAUAGUAGUGCAGUGCUAAUAGGGUAAUCUCUCUGACAUAGGAUACUGUAAUAACAAGCAUCCUAACAAGAUACUGGAGACUUCUUCAAGAAUUUUAAAUACGUUGGAUACAAAUAGUGUUUCUUUGGCAGUUUGGCUGUUUAAAGGCUACAGUUGUCUUGGGGAUAAGGUGAUAUUCUGUGUCAAUGCAAAUACAGUUCAGCUGUUUUUUCCACUGAAAUGGCAGUUUGACUAGUGUGUUUCUGAACAUGAAAGCUGCAUUUGAGGAAGUAAAGUUGGCACAAUUCAAUUGUAAUGAAAGGGCCUCGUGAAAUCAUUUUGAUAUAACAUAAAAUAUAAUUGUACUUCAUGCAUGUUCCACCUACAUUUAGUGGAAGUUCAGGCUGGAAAAAUUUCUGUACUCUGAAGGCAGUCAAACACUAGAACAAGUUUCCUAGUGAGGUGUUGAUACCCCAUGUCUGUCAGUGCUUAGAAGGCAAUUGGACAACGCCCUCAUACACUUUAACUUCUGGGUAGCCCUGAUAUGGGCAGGCAGCUGGACUCAAUGAUCUUCAUAGAUUCCUUCCAACUGAACUGUUCUAUUCUGUAGGCUAUCAUCAUGUACCUGUCCUAUCCGUCCUAUUAAGGUAAAAUAUUCAGUUAAGAGCUGCUUGUCUACGUGGUGUGGGGAAGGGAUAGCAAAAUCCUGGAUGUUGCUUUUGUCACUGGAUGAAGUUACUGAGGUUACUUGUAAGUUGCACAGUGCAGAAAAGCUGGUAUUCUGGAAGGUGGUAACUAGUUAUUUGAGUGAAACAAUGACAAUCCAUGUUAUCAUUUCCAUUUAAUGUCUUUCUGUUAAAAACAUAGUUUCUGUCUUUUGCCUGUCUUAUCAGUGCAGGAAUUUGUUGUAGGUAGGUUUGACCUGUCACCUUGUGCUUCCAUUCCUGUUAGGACUUCUUAGUAUCAGCAUACAAGCACAUAACUCACUCUCUUGUAUGUAAGAGUGUCAAGUCACCACUUCUUUGAGUGGAUGUUUUAUAGUUAAUCCACUCUAAAUUUCAAGUUAUCUUCUAAUUUAUUAGAAUUGGCUAAAUUUUGGUAUCUCCUUUGGAGAGAGUUGUAGUAGUGUGACAGUAUUGCACUUCACUAAUACGUUUGUUUCUUUAAAUAUGGGUCGCUUUCAGUAGCGAAAAAUACCAAGAAUCAUCAUCCUUAAAAGAAUGUCUCCUCUUUCUGAGUCGCUGUUCUUGUUUUUAUUCCUACGGGAUGGGGCUUUUAAAUGACUGUGAUUUUUAGAAUAACUUACAGUUUUGACAGGCUUUGAAUUGUGAAGCCAUUGACCUGUUGUUGUACAGGUUCUGUUUCUUUUCCUUUACAGCCAAACUUAAUAUAAAACAUUCUGUGACAUCAACACCAUGCUAUGGUUAACACAGGUUCACCUUCUCUUUGUCCCAUGAGUAUUGCCAAAUAGCAGGUAAAGCAGAUUUUGUGCAUGCAUCAUAAUUUCAAGUAAGAACAUGCUAGUACUGGGAAGUUUUACAGGGCACGUGGAAGAAAACACUUUAAUUUGUGUGAGCUGUGAUAGAAAGCAGUUCCCGGUUCAGGUAUUUCUCCUUCAGAUCAGUCUGUAGCUAUGUAGGGUAAGCGUCAAGAAACAGUUUAAUUUCUUGCAAGGUCUAUUUGCAAGCAUUGUUGACUGAGUCUUGGACUACAGACAGAGGUUUAAUUACUGUAAUCAUACCAAACUGGACGUCAGUAUCUUAAAACCAGUGUCAUUUGAUACUCUACAUGAACAUGAAGCAGUCAUCACCCACAUGUAUCAGACUGUAUCCCAUUUGAAAGUACAGUCUGUAUAUGAUGCAUUCAUUAUUUUAAAGACAAACUUGUGCUACUAGUGACUUGGAAAAGAAAACCUUAGUUCUGAUUGUCUUGAAUCUCAGUAUAUGCUGUGUAUUGCACUCUAGUUGACGCACAGUAAGUUGACAAAAGCUGCACUGAUGUUUACCGUCCUCUCAGAUUUGAUUUUUAUGUUUUGCCACUGAUUUAUAGCUUUUUAAAAAGUUCUAUGUGAAGAAGUCAUACAAGAGCCAAAAAUGUAAAAAUGCCUGUUAGCAACUUCUGGAACUUCCAUGAAGCAAUAACUUUUGCUAACUCAGGGUUUAACCUUUUAUUAAAUUAUACAGUUAUGAGGAAUGUCUAAUUUGUUGUACAUUUCUGGCUUUAUAAAUAAAAGUGAAACUCAAUCAGUAAAA